UGUUAAAGUCUGUUCUUGUUUGGGAAGAAUACCCCGACCAUAGGAUCAAGGAAGAUUUAAAGGGCCAGGCUGAUUGUUUCCUUAAUGCAGGUCUCCGGAGGUGGCUCUGAUCAAUGCAGAGCCACGAAGCGAUUGGCUUGCUUGUCUCAGCCUUUGUCUAGUCUCAUCCUCCCAGUUUACCCAAGAGCCAUGUCCAGGCCCUCCCUCAUCACCUUCACCCCGGCCACCAGUGCCAGUGACCUCUGGAAAGAUGGGCAGCAGCAGUCACAGCCUGAAGAGCUGGAGCCCACCCUGGAUGGGGCUGCAGCCCGGGCGUUCUAUGAGGCCCUGAUUGGCGAUGAAAGCAGUGCCCCUGAAUCCCAGAGAUCUCAGCCUGAACCUGCCAGUAAGAGAAAGAGGAAGAAGAGAAGAAUAAUGAGGGAAGCUGCUGCAGGAACCUCAGGAGGACAUGGACAAAGGAGAUCCCUUGAGGCGGAGGACAAAAUGACCCAGUGGAUACUAAGGGCAGCCCAAGAGGGUGACCUAGCAGAACUAAGAAGGCUGUUGGAUCCCCGUGAGGCAGGGGGAGCUGGGGGCAACAUCAAUGCUCGGGAUGCCUUCUGGUGGACCCCCUUGAUGUGUGCUGCUCGAGCAGGCCAGGGAGCUGCUGUGCGCUAUCUCCUGGGCCGUGGAGCUGCCUGGGUAGGGGUCUGUGAGCUGGGUGGCAAGGAUGCUGCUCAGCUGGCUGAAGAAGCAGGCUUCCCUGAGGUGGCCCGCAUGGUCAGAGAGAGCCAUGGAGAGACAAGGAGUCCAGAGAACCGGUCACAAUCACCCUCCCCCCGGUACUGUGAGACCUGCGAUGCCCACUUCCAAGACUCUAACCAUUGUACAUCCACUGCUCACCUGCUGUCACUGUCCCGCGAUCUCAGGUCCCCCAACCUGCCCCUUGGGGUGCCCACCUCCAGCCCAGGCUUCAAGCUGCUGCUGAGGGGAGGCUGGGAGCCUGGAAUGGGGCUGGGACCCCGGGGUGAGGGCCGCACCAACCCCAUCCCCACUGUCCUCAAGAGGGACCAAGAAGGACUAGGCUACAGAUCAGUGCCCCAACCCCGAGUCACACACUUCCUGGCUCGGGAUACUCGGGCUGUGGCUGGGAGGGAGAGAACCCCUCGGGUGACCACACUGAGCCGCAGGGAGGAAAGAAAGCAGAAGGAGAAGGACAGGGCCUGGGAGCGGGACCUAAGGACAUACAUGAACCUUGAGUUGUGACCUUGGUAAGGUCUGAUCAUGGUCUAUUGCUAAGUCUGAACUUGGACAUACGCACUUUGGCUUUUACUUCCUGGGGUCUGCCCAGUUUCUAGAUCCUCAGGUUUUGUUUAGUGGGCUCUGCCUU